AUGUCCAUAUCUCAUCCCACACUCUCUCCUUUACUCACUCUCGAGGCGGUUUUGUGUGACACCAGAGGUGGGGAAUUUAGAGCCUUUGCUGCCUACUUGCAGCACACAUAUUGUCUUGAAAACCUAUCGUUUUGGCUCGCUGUCGAGUGCUAUACAACCCAUGUCUCUCGCUCAAGCAUGGAGAAAAUUACCACUGCCAGUACCAGUACCAGUACCAGUACCGCUGUUACGGACUCGGAUGACGAUUCGGUGGCGCAAAAUACGGAAAGUUCCCUUGACACCCUUCCGACCUCGCUCACGGGUACAUUAAUGGAGGCACAGUGCCAUGCUAUAGUAUCCAUGUAUAUCACCUCGGACGCACCACACGAAAUAAACAUCCCAUGUGAGAUCCGCCUGAAACUUCUCGACCAACUGGACCAGAACAACUACCAUCCUAGCAUAUUCACGCCUGCUUCCAACUACAUCCUAGAGCUCAUGCGAACAAAUUCCUUUAUUCCCUGGCUACUGGAACCAAAUUCACCAGACUCACUACAAUCAAAAUCAAAAUCACAAUCAAAAUCACAAUCACAAUAUUCAUAUUCAUAUUCAUAUUCACAUUCAGAAAUAUCUACCCACACAAAACCUAAUUCUCACCCUAAUUCUAAUUCUAAUCCCAAACCUCAUCCUCAUCAGCUGCAGCAGCAGCACCAGCGAUCUCUUUCCUUUCCUAUGCUGACCUUAGGUGGCAGAAUAUCUAGGCUCAAGCCAAAUUCCCGUCGAAGUAUGUCUCUAAUGGAUGGCUGUGUUCUUGACCAACCCCUCUUAACUACCCAGCCAAAAUCUAUGCUCAAACGCAUAAAACUCUCUCUCUUUCGAACAGAUCUACAGCCCAUACUUGACAAUCAGGCUUCACGAUUGACCGGAGAAGACAACAGCAGGUGGCCAUCUUGGAAGAAAUUGCAACUACAUGUACAAGAUAGGUCAUUCUUAUCUUGCCACGUGGGACGCACAUACAAAACAAGGGUUGGAUCAAGAACAGGUCAGGCUAAACACAAAUGUUUCAUCACUGUACUUGACAUCGGAGACCUUUAUUCCUAUAAUGCUUCUGAUUCUUACGUUUAUUGUUCUUUUGCACAUGAGUGA